GGCUAUUUCUUCUUUGUAGAUGGGCCCACCAUUCUUUGUUCAUGGACUAUUUGAAACAGAAAAAAAGCCGGCCCAACAUUUCCUCUAGCCCAGCCUUCAUUUAGCUAGGGGGGAGAGGCGAAGAAAGUAAAACAAAAACAUGGAGACGAACAACAAUGGCGUUUCGAAAGGCAGAGAGUUCCCGCCUGAUUUUCGAACCUACCAGAGAAUGGCCGCGAGCGAGCCGACGGCGAACCGACCGUCGAGCGAGGAACAACUGAAGCUCGCCGUAGCGAUCUCUCUUCUCCAGUCGAAGCUCCUUCAUAAAAAACCUCCUCCGCCGCAGCCGGAUGCUUCUUCUGGAUCUGACGCCCUUCGCUGGAAGCGUAAGGCGAAGGAUCGGAAGCAGGAGAUUGUUCGAUUGAGAGAGGAUCUCAAGGAAGCGGAAGACGCUUCUUCUCAGUGCGAUCUGUUUCCCCAAACCGCCGUUUGCAAGUGCUACUUCUUUGACGAUGUGGGAAAAUUACGCUUCGAGGGCGCCGGAGACGGAUCCGUUUCUAGAUUCGACGAUGUAAUCCGUCGCCGGUUCUUCAGACAAGGUCGAUUUCCUCACUGCCUAAUAGUUCAUACACUUAUAGACCUCUCGUCAUCUUGUUGUCAUGUGCUCAUAUGGGUGCUGUUCGCUCCUGCUGCAGUGAGGAUGAAGCAAAGGCGGCGAAAUAGAGACGAUCCGAGUCUGAGAUUGCGCUUUACAGAAUUGAGCAGUGAAAAUGAAGUGGAUCAGCUUAGGGCUUCCGUUGAUUUCCUUGUGGAGCUCUGCGAUGGCACUGCUUCUCCUAUGGAGGAGGCCAAUUUCGCCAACUGGUCUCACCAGGCUGUUGACUCCAUUCUAGAGUCGCUUAGGAAGACAUUGCCAGUGGGGGAGAACAUGGAAGUUGUUGAAGGGAUUGUUACUAGCCUAAUAGUCCGUUUGCUGAGAAGGAUCUGUUGCCCUGCACAUCGAGAUGGUAACCUCUUCUUGGCUUUCGUUUCUGGGUUCCAACUCAAUCUUAUUAACGACCUUGAUUUCUCCAUGUUCUGCAUCUUUGGAUCGCCCAUUUUCUUAUCCUAUAUUCCAGACUCCAAUUGCGUAGCCAUUGAUCACCGGCCUCGAGUCCAGCACUUGCUGCGAAAGCUGGGAGGUGAACCCUUCAUUGGACAACGCACACUUCUUUCAGUUUGUGAAAGGAUAUCCACAACAGCUGAGAACUUGCUCUGCAUCGAUCCCUUCGACGAUACAUUCCCAAACAUUCACCAGUCUCUAUUCAUUAUGAUCGAGCUGGUUGAGUUUCUGAUAUCAGAUCACUUGCAAGCCUGGUCAACCAUUGAAGGAUUUGAUCAUGGGCUAAUGGAAGGAUGGGUGACAUCCUUUCUCCAUGCCAGGAAAACACUGCAGCUUCUGGAGUGCAGACAUGGGCUUUAUGUUCUCUACAUGGAUCGAGUCGCCAACGAACUGGCGAAGCAAGUGUGUCGAGUUUCGCCGUUCCAGAGGCUCAACCAGCAGCUCCUCCACGAUCUGUUCAACUAGCCUGGAAAGCUGCUCUGCUCUGCCAUCCACAUGUAAAAAAGUGUAAAGACGUGGAGGAAGCCAUGAAGUGUGUGUAGGGCUGACUGAACCAACUCUUCGACACCAUAAAGCAAGCUGGUAAGUAAAGAACAAUAUUCUGGCCUUAUAGAUCAUUGCCGUCCAAUUAAACUAUAUGUUUCUUCUGUAUUGUCUACUGUUCCACUCAAAGUAGCAGAUUCUUUUCUGUUGGCUCUGGAAAGCAAAAGAGCAUGCAUGUGAUUGAUUUGUCAAACAAAAAAUUUCAUUUUGCAGUUCUCUCUACAGAGUCAAAACCGAACUUUAACAAAACAACAACAAAAAGGUGGUAAAAAGUAACGAACCACCACACAAAAAUGAGCCUGUUUAAGAUUGAAGGAUAUGAAAUAUGAACAUCUAGUUUGGUCGCAGACAGGAAUAUCAAUUAUUAUUGUUUACGUAAUGACGUGGAAUCAGAUUCGUUGUCUCUC